AUGGUCGCCGAAGACUUCGAGUCCGUCCUCAAGGGCAAGUACCCAGCCAAGGCCCAUGCGAAACGCACCGUCGAGCUCCUCCCCUCGAAGCCCUCUGAGGGCCUGAUCUACCUCGAGGCUACGCACACCAAGCUUCAGGAAGACAACGACUCGCCCGAGCACUUUCGCCAGCGCCGAUACUUCUUUUACCUGACCGGCUGCAACAUUGCGGACAGCUACUACACCUACGACAUCAAGACGCAGAAGUCGACGCUGUUCAUUCCGGCCAUUGACCCAGAUGAUGUGAUCUGGUCUGGUCUGCCGCUGACAGCGGAGGACGCUGCCAAGAAGUACGACGUGGACGAGGUGAAAUACUCGGACGAGGUCAAUGACGUUCUGUCCUCGUUUGCCUCUGCCAAUGCGUCUGCGACAGUCUAUGCGAUCGAGAACCAGAUCGACGCCUCAGUCAAGAUUGAUGUCUUCAAGAGCAAAAAUCUCAAGGAGGUCAAGAAGGCUAUUGAGGAAGCUCGUGUGAUCAAGGAUGAGUACGAGAUUGCCAUGAUCCGCAAAGCCAACCAGAUCUCCGGCUGGGCACACAAGGCCGUCACCAAGAGGGCCAAGACGGCCAAGAACGAGAGCGAGCUCCAGGCUGCCUUUAUGGAAGUGUGCAUCGCCAACAACGCAAAGGAGAUGGCGUACCACCCAAUCAUGGCAGCUGGACGGGCAGCGGCUACGCUCCACUACGUCGACAACAGCCAGCCAUUUGGGGACAAGUUGAACCUGCUCAUCGACGCCGGUGCCGAGUGGGAGAACUACGCAUCCGACAUUACCCGCACAUUCCCCCUGAAUGGCAAAUUCACCCCCGACUCGCGUGCCUUGUAUGAUGUCGUCCUGCGCAUGCAGGAAGAGACAACUGCCAUGAUCAAGGCCAACGUGCACUGGGACGACAUCCACCUGCACGCCCACAAGGUGGCCGUCGAUGGCCUCAUCAAGAUCGGCAUCCUCAAGGGCGACCCCCAGGCCAUCCUCGAGGCGCGCACCAGUGCUGCCUUUUUCCCCCACGGCCUGGGCCAUUACCUCGGUCUUGACACGCACGACGUGGGCGGCAACCCCAACAGCAAGGACAAGGACAUUAUGUUCCGCUACCUGCGCCUGCGCAACAAGAUCCCCGCUGGUAGUGUCGUCACCGUCGAGCCGGGGCUGUACUUUUGCGAAUUCAUCAUCAAGCCCUUCCUGGAGGAUGAGAAGCACAAGCAGUUCAUUGAUGAGAGUGUCCUGAACCGCUUCUGGGAUGUGGGCGGCGUGCGCAUUGAGGACAACGUGCUUGUCACCGAGAAUGGCAGUGAGAAUCUGACGGACGCUAUCAAGGCAGCCGACGAGAUUGAGGCUCUCUUCAAAUAG